AUGACGCGAGGUGCAGAAUUGAAAAGACUCGCUGGGGAGUAUGAAACUUCACGCGUAGACGAAAACAAAUUGGAGGAAAGACCGACAACUUCCGAGUCGAAAUUAAUCGCAAAGCCGCGAAAAUCUCUGAGUGCGCCUGGCACCUCGCCGAAACGAAAAACAGCUCAAUCCUCGAGAGAAGAGGUAGCCGCUAGCGGCUCACGACGCAAGGCUUCAGAAAGUCAAACGCGAACCGCGAGUCGGAGGGGACCCGUGUUUUCUCAAACUCCACAGAAACCUGUUGAAAAUCGUGCGAGAACUAGCAAAAGAAAACACGGACAGCCUUCGGCAACUGACAGUGGAGAAGACAUCCAGCAAGCGGACGAAGAGGACGAGAAGCAACCUGCGAAGCGGACGCGUCAGGCGGCCACUAUUCCUUCCUCCCGCAAUCGGCGUUCUCAGGUUGAACCUUCCACUCACAACACGCGUAGCAAAGCUUCCCUUACCAACGAGAGUAUAACUCCUAUUCCUCAUACCACCCGCACCAGCCCUGUGAAGACCAGAAGUACUCGUCGAGGAGGGGAAACCCUUGCGAGUGUCAGUUCACCCUCUCGUGCGACUAGGUCACAUGGAGCUGGAGCUGGAGAUGUGAGUAUGGACGUUGAUGAACCGACAUCAACUCCUCGUACACUUCGAUCACAUGUAGCCAUUCCUCCUCCAGUCCGCGUAACUCGUGCUCGUGAAGCUCGUCGACGGACUCUUGGCGCUGAACUUGAUUCACAUGGCGUCAAUGAUGCUGACGUCCCUGUACCUGUUCCAGAUAAAGAGGAGGAAGCAGGGGCAAAGAGAGGCGAGGAGGAAGAAGAGGAUCUACGGACAUCUAGGAAAACAAAGAAGGGGAAAUUGAGAGUAAGCUCUACUCCUGAGCCAGAACACAUUGGGAACAGCCUCGAUCUGGAGAACUGGGACUUUGAUGCUAGUGCCCUCGAAACAGCAGAUGACGACUGGCAAACCUUUUACAGAGAUGCCGUGGAUACAUCUAACUCGUUGGAUGGACUGUUCUCUUUUCCGACGAACAAAGGGGAGCAGUUUCAACCAAGAGCUUGUUUCAAGGACCUGUACAAACAGGUGUGGAAGCAAAGUAUGGAAGAGGGCAAGCACGUUAUCAUUACUGGGCAACCGGGUAUAGGGAAAACUGUUUCGCUUUGGUAUCUCAUGCGAGCAGCUCUGCGGCAUACACAGACGCAGCCCAUUGUCUAUGUGGCAGGGGAAUUAACUCAUAUCUUCUUCAAUAAUAAAGUCUACACUGCGAAUACCACGAUGGAUCUUCCAAAGUUUCCCUACCCAAAGCAAUCAGAUACUCAUGUGCGUUUACUGGUAUUCCUGGAUUUCGAAGCAUCCCAAGCGCUCCCGGUCUAUCUAUACAAGGAACACAGGAUUCUAAUCCAAGCCUGUUCUCUCAGUCUCAUCCGUAAAUGCCCGACCUGGAUUAAACAGGUCAACUACAAAAUCGUCAGAAUAACUCUUCCAAGAUGGACAAGGAAGGAGCUCAUCGACAAUUUCCGUACAGCAAACAUUCGUAAUGACGAAUUCCUAAAAUCCAUCAAAGAUGGGAUCGAUGUCCAAUGCAAGGAUUAUACUGGUGUCCAAUUCGCCACGUAUUCACUCAACCAGCAAAUCCGCAAAGCGCUCUCGGAAUCACUCUUUGACAAGAACUACCCAGGAGUAUGGGAAGCUGUUCAAAAGCACCCGUCUUGUCCGUUAGAGCAAAUGGACGAUGAAUGCAUUGUAUCCGUGCUGAUUGACGAUGCGAUCUAUCACGUUGGUUUGGCGCCUCAGGAUGUUUACGCAUUCGUUGUAGAACGGUCCGACACUGCUAUAAAGGCGGCUUUGCGGGAGUGUAAUCUGGAGCACAUGGCUUCAGGGCUCGUGUACCUCCCCCUCUCCCUCGACGAGAACUCACAGCAGUUACUUGCUAUACACAAUGGUGACGAUGAAGUUCAUGACAAAGUUAAAGUCAGACCCAAGACGUGGUAUGGCGCCUUCAAGUCAAAUCAUAUUGCCCAGCUGGUGAAGGAACGCUACGGAGCACAAAUUGAUUUGAACUUCUCGGUGACACACUAA